AUGCACCUGGAAAGUGCAGCAACAACUGUCUUAUCGAGCAAGAAACAGGUCAGAAACGUUACAGAGAAAAAGACACAGACCGAUGCAGUCGAGCCAGAGCAAGAACAGGACGUGGACAUACAGCCGACACCGACCUCAGAGAAGAACGAGGAACGCAGUGUCAUUUCCAGUGACGUGUCGCCCCAUGACAGUGACUUUGACUUCUUAACAUCACCUCAUUUGUUGUCGUCACGUGGGUCGAGUGGCGUGUGUUCACCGUCGAAGUUCUUCAAGUCUCCAUUAGGGACAAGUAUCCAGACUUCAAAGACAUUGCAACGUCACAAUGUUGUGCCUAUACGGCUCGCAAAGCCGAAAAGGCUGUUGGAAGCUACUGACUCACUUUGUCAGCAAGAAAAACACAAGAACGUACAGACUACGGACGUGGAGGAAGCUUCGACUGCUGUAAAGUUUGGCAUCGAGCAAGAAAUCGCUGAGGAAAAAAUACAAUUGCCAUCUAAAACCAAUAGUCAGGCAUGCACUACUGCCUCAAUUCUCGAUCCCGACGAUAUUCAUUGCGUUCCCAGUGGAUCGCUGACUACUUUGAACGAGCACGACUCGUUUUUCUCGUUUGCAAAUUCACUUUCCCCACUUAUGGUCGCUGAGGAGUUCGAGACCAGCUUCAUGCCAAUGAAGCUUUCACCACUUGUACCUCGCUCUUAUGAACUGCCAAGAUUACUUCCAACAUUUCGUGAACCGGAUCUAUGUGGUAAUGGAGGCUCUCGCUCAAUAGCUCACGCGUACAGUAACACACCUACGAUUAUCGAGACACCAAAGCAUAAGCCGAGCAGAAAGCGAGGAAUGUCAUCGACUGCAUCAUUAGCCAUCUCAGCUCCCGGAUCUGCAUCGGGAGUGAUGUCUUCAAACUUUUUCGCAGAGUCGUUUCCGAACAUUCAGGCUUCCACGAGUGCAACACCAGGACAAGACGAGCGGUUAAAAGUAGGGAGUUAUAGCGUCAUGAAGUUGAAGCUCCACACGUCAUUUGGACCCUCUCCAUCAUUGCUAGACUCACAUCCUACGCGUGAAUAUCAGGCCAUCAACAAUAGCUUGAAACGGAAGAAGUACAUGCGCCGACGUAAUGCUGAGGACAAGCACCCGCAAGCAUCUUCUUCCAGCAACGUUCAACGUAAAUUGUUGCAAACCCCGGUGAAGUCGUCUACCUUUCCGCGUACUGUCACCCGAUCACCAUUACACCCUUGGAACGGACAAACGUCACAAGCUAGCAUCUUGACGACCGCCACAGCUCAAAAGUUGGUCCCCGGUCAGCAAGCUACUAAGGUCGCUGUCGAUGAGGCGCCUUUGUCUCCACCAGUAACGCACAGGUUGGUUCCAGCGACAGAUCCGAUACCAGCACCAGCCACACCUGUUGGCAAUAUCAAGAAGCGAAAAGCAUCGCAGUGUGUCUCCAUGCCUGCUUCGAUGGCCAAUGUUUUCGAACGGAAGAUGCGAAUAGUGCCGCUCGAUGUUCACCAGGCAGUAGCAUUAGCAGUUACACCUGCGAAGCAAAUCAAGCGAGAGGUGAUAACAACUCCAGACAAGUACAGCAUACUACCAUCACAAAUGAUGCUAACUUGCGAUGCAAGUGACAUGGCUUCGUUCGACAGUAGUAUGCUUCAAACGCCGACGCGCUUUGGAUCAUCCACUUUACUGACGAUGCCGUUGCAGUCAACACCCAAACCUCUGCUAGGUGCUACAGUCAUGGUGAUGCCACCACACGUGUCCAAGAAAGCCCCGUGCAAUUGCAAAAAGUCCAAGUGUCUCAAACUGUACUGUGAGUGCUUCCGCCUUGGAGGCUAUUGCGGCAAAAGCUGUAAUUGUUUCGAUUGUGCCAACACGACCGCGACGGAGGAGGUGCGGCAGCAAGCUAUCGCAUCGCGGUUAGAAAAGAAUCCGAACGCGUUCAAGCCGAAAAUUUGUGCCACACCUGCCGCGGUAGCAUUGGCGAAAGGAGGUGCUCAUCGCUUAUCAGUUGGUGCAUCUGGUGGUAGCCAUGUUUCCACGGGGUCCUUAUUGUCGCCACUUGGUCAAAUGAGCUUUCAACAACAACAGCAAAUUAUAAGUGCGGGUUUGGCGACCACGAAGAUGCAUAAGCACGGAUGUCAUUGCAAAAAGUCAGCUUGUCAGAAGAAGUACUGCGAAUGCUUUCAGGCGGGAGUGUCUUGCGGUGACAACUGCCGAUGCAUUGAUUGUAAGAACCAGACACCGUGCGUAGCACAUGAAAACGGCGUUGCAAGAGCGGAAUCAGCAUUGGGUGGUACACCGUCACGUAUUGCGAACGAGCUUGACGAGACCUUUGUAUCGCCGGUUCUUCAUGGUACUAGGCGGCGGAUGCGCAUUGACCGCAAAACUUGGAAAGAAGACUUUUCAUCACCAUUUGAGGCCUCUCCAGAACGAGAACGCGAUCGAACCGAGCGGUUGCAGUCGAGGCUACUUGCAUCGAGAAGAAUUGGUGCAGGUGGUACUCGGGUGGUGAGAUUAGUGCCGUUCAUAUCCGGAUCUACGCCUCAAGUAAACAAUCAAAGUCAAUCUCUUGAAAAAAUGUCACCGGUUAGAGGACAAGGUGAGGAACAGCGAGGUGGCAGCAAUGAAGCCACUUACAGUCUGCAGGAGCACAAGCUACAGCAAUGGCCUUUUGCGGACAGAAUUGGAAAAGCUGCGUCAUCAGCCGGAGCCGAACAAGUCUUCGUGCUGCCAUUAUUUGGAGCAAAACUUCCUCCGUUGGAAAAUGAUGUUAGUGCAAGAAUCUUUUGCUUCCUCACGAAUGCAGACCUGCACAAUGCAAGCUUGGUGAGUUAUCUCUGGAACCAGGUUGCUCUAGGUGACACCGUCUGGGAUCACGCCAACUUCAUCCCUACGAGAAAAAAUGCUGCAGCCGGACGAUGUUCACGAAAAAAGAAUCAACUGGAGACUCGGAUGACUCUCAAACCUGGAAAGCGAAACCCGAUGAUGGCAAUCAAGCACGAGCAUAACGUUGCCAUGCUCUCGACCCUCAGGUAA